GUGACAGGUUCACGCCUGUGCUGGAUGCUUAUCUGACUUGUUUGUCUGCUGUGGUUGAAUCUCAGCGUGUUUGCCGCCCACGAGUCUCGAACUCCCGAUCUCAAAACUCUUGGAAGUUUACUCGUCAAGAUUUUAACUGCAGAAAAUGUUUUCAUCAGAGCAAUAUAGGCUUUCACCGAAAUUGGACAGCUUGUUUAAAGGGGGAAAAAUAAAAUAAAAUUAAAAAAAAAAAAAAAAAACCUUACAUUUCAUUAUCGAUAAAAGUGAUUUUCUCUGAUUCAUGAUCUGCAUUUCGGUGUGUUGGCUUAUCCAAAGUUGGUGAGGCUCUGUACCUCAAGGGGCCCACAUGGGAGUGUCUCUGGGGUCGUGGAUGUAGGUACGAGCCCUGGCAUGAAACGCUCCAGGAGGGCUUACUUCACUUUCCCCAAGUACAUUCCACAUGUUGCCUCAGAAGUGACACUGCUCAGAUUUAAAAAAAAAAAAAAUAAAUAAAGUGACAAGCGCAACUUAUCUCUGCUGCCUGUGAGUUGUUUUACAGAGAGCAAAACAAAACAAACAAAACUGGUGUAAACUGAAACACACAGAGAGACGAAUUACUUCACAUUUUAGAUUGCAGUCUGUCGUUUCCUUUGUGUGCGAUACAGCUUCAGAGAAAGUAGAAUGUGAUGAUAGUAUCGUGGCAGCCGUCCCCUUCGGCUGUUCUUUGCUUUGCUGGCUGGUUAAAAUUGCAAGAGUAUCUCUUGAGGUCUUUUUAACAUGUGGGAACAUAUCAUCUGUUCCUGCUUUGUUUUAUUGGUUCUGGGAUGACACCGAAAGUGUUCUCUUCUGAUGUGACUGGCGGUUAAACCUCUGAGGGAUCAUUUAUGGGUUUUUGUACAUUGUUUGCCUUUAUUUUUUACAUACUGCGUCUUCGUCCCAAAAUGCUUUAAUCGCAGUUCAGAGCACUUCAUGAUCAUGUUUUAAAAACUGCUGUUUGAAUCAAGUUUAUAGUUAGUUAUUAUUAUACUUAAAAUGGUUAUAAUUCCAUAUCUUUUAGAACUGAUUAAUGACAAUGGUGUAGUUGAAAAACGUAUUCUGGGUGUGUUAGUCUCCAUCUCAGGUCAUUCGAGCCUGAAUGAUUUCUGUAGUUUUUGCGCACGAUGCAGAUACUGAUGUUAGGGAGUAAAUCAUUUGGACAUUAAUGUGCAAAUUGUUAUUUUGCUGUGAUCCCUCAAAUGUGGCUAUCAAACGCUUGCGACAAAAUCAGAUACUGGAGGGCAGGAUAUUCAUCAGGGAACUGAAACUGUGACCUUCAGCAAACAUUUGAGUUUAAUAAGUUAUGAAUUCCAAGAGCUCUUACAGGGGAGCAAUAGAAAAAGUUUCCUGACUGGAAACAUCACCUGCUGUAGCACCAAGAACAGGAAGGCGCUACAGCAGGUAAUUAAAGCUGCACAGAACAUCACAGGAUGUACAGCAGAGAUCGCUGGAGGGUGUACAAGAGGGUGUGCUUCAUGUUUUUCCUGGCCGUGGUGGCGCUGACUGUUGUCCAGAGAGGGAACAUCAACAUGGGGGCUCCCUUCGAACUCCAGAGGCAGGCUCGCAUGGAUGCCUCUGCGGGAGUGGAGCCCGGGCUGAGGAAUGACUUUUACCAGGGGAUAAAAAGCUUCUGGAAGGUUGGCAAGCACCUGCCGGUGCCUAAACCUCAGGCCGCCACAAAGCAGCCCAGCGCCAUCACAGAGGAGAGCAGCCCCAGAGUCUGGGACGUGACCAGCACCAACUGUACCGCCAACCUCAACCUGUCAAGUCAGGAUUGGUUUGUGGGCCUGGAGCAAAAUUUCAAACAGUUCAUGCUUUAUCGGCACUGCCGCUACUUCCCAAUGAUCCUCAACCACCCGGGGAAGUGCGCAGGGGACGUAUAUUUGCUCAUGGUGAUAAAAUCUGUGGCCACGCAGCAUGACCGCAGGGAGGUCAUCCGCAAAACCUGGGGCAAAGAGCAGGUGGUUGAUGGCAAGAGGGUCAAGCUCCUUUUCCUUCUCGCUAAACCCCCCAGUGAGGAGGAGAGAAUGAACCAUCAGAAGCUGGUUGAGUACGAGGACCAGAUCUACGGGGAUAUCCUCCAGUGGGACUUCCUGGAUAGCUUCUUCAACCUCACGCUGAAAGAAACUCACUUCCUCAAAUGGUUCCACACUUACUGCCCCAGCGUACGGUACAUCUUCAAGGGGGACGAUGACGUCUUUGUCAGUGUCGAGAACAUCUUCGAGUAUCUAGAAAGCACCAAGCAUGUAGAGAACCUGUUCGUGGGGGACGUGAUUUUCAAGGCUAGGCCCAUCCGUAAAAAGGAGAACAAAUACUACAUCCCCCAGGCUUUGUACAACAAGACACUCUACCCUCCAUAUGCAGGCGGCGGCGGUUUUCUGAUGGACGGACCUCUGGCGAGGAGGCUUUACUGGGUGGCGGACACCCUGGAGCUCUACCCCAUCGACGAUGUGUUCUUGGGCAUGUGUCUGGAGGUGCUUCAGGUCACUCCUAUAAAACACAACGCCUUUAAGACGUUUGGCUUGGUGAAAAACAAGAACAGUAAGAUGAACCGAGAACCCUGUCUCUUUAGGAGCAUGAUCGUGGUGCACAAGCUGCUCCCGUCGGACCUCAUGGACAUGUGGAAUCUGGUGAACAGCAACCUGGUCUGCUCACAGAAAGUGGAGAUCCUAUAGCUUGAUGAGUAACACCAGGUAUGGACGGCACCAGGAGCUGCACCUCGGUGGAUACCUGUGUAUAACUCUCCGUUACGUGGAGAGGGACAGUUGGACAAUAUUUGAAUUUGCAGUUUCUGUGCAGCAAUGCAAUUUUUGGGGGAGCAAGUAAAGUAAAUUAUAUAGAGUUUUUUAAAGGUUGCUGACUUAGAAUUGUGUAUUUAUAUUGGCAUUGUGAAGGACUCGCACUGUCAGCACGCAGAUUCAGAGACAAUAACAGGAAUAACAAAUAAAGGCGUCGCGUGGCCAACACCUACAUAUUAGUUUCUGCUGGUUCGAAGUUUUCAUUGGCCAGGGACCAAGGAGCCUCGUGGCAGUGAGCUGGCACCCAACUGCCGAUGAUCGCAAGCCCAUUAAUGUGAAUACACUUCAAAGAUUUAUGUUAAUGGUCCACCUUGUAAGAAAGAUGAUUUAUGAGUCUCAUUCCCAACUCGUCAAAAACUGACGCUUUGGUAUAGCGACCGAUCCGACCUCCAGUCCCAAAGCGUCAGUAUUCGACGAGUCGGGAACGAGACUCAAACAUCAAGUCUUCUGCGAGGACAAAACAAUAACUCUGUUUAAUUUGCUGUAGCAUACCGUGCUUUCAGGUUGGCCGGAGGAAAAUCAUGCUUGGCUUAGUUGGGUCUUAGCAGUCACGCACACCUGUAGUAAUCUAAGCAUUUUGGGUUUUGUACUAAGUGUUACACCAUUGCUUUCACUUGAACCAGUAUGCUGUAGUGGCUUCAAAAUGGCUCCAAGUAAGAGAAAGAAACAACCCUCUCUACCUCAGUGAUUUGGUUAAAACUCAUUUCUACUGUAACCCUGAUAAGAUUUUAAUUACUUUUUGUAUCGUAGAGGUCCUUGCACUCUUCUUGCUCUUUUUUUUUUCUUUUUGUGACUGACUUGAUCUGGACUUCUACUGCUCUAAAACUACUGGAAACUUGUUAGAAAAGAAAAUGUUAAUUGUAUGCUGUUGUUGGAUUUGAAUGUGCUGAUAUACUUGACAUGGGUUCGGCAGAGGGUUUACUGAUGACACUGUGAACUAAAACUAAUGCUGGUACGAGUAUCUGAGUAUAUGUUAAUUUAACUGUCCCCAAGUACAGGGCAAAUGCGGGGCUCUUCUAUUUAAUUUAAAGCAUCAGAUGAAGAUAUUAAAAAAGGACUAUACAAUGAUUAUAAAGCUGAAUAUUUGGGGAGUAGCGGGUGAUGAUUGCGUCUCGGUGAUGUACAUAUGUGAAAAAAAAAUCUAAAAAUGUACAUAGAAAGGCAUUUGUAAAUAAACAUCUUGACAAUGG